AUGGCACUUUUCCAACGCAAACAAAGAUCACCCUCCAGAAGGCUGCUCCUCCCGUUGUGGGCCCAGGACAGUGAAAGCAUCUUGCCCCUGAGUGCCAAGUUUGGGGCCAGCCUGGAGGUGUGUGAAUAUAUGCUGGAGUCUGCCAGAGACCUGGGGUUGGCGGUGGUUGGAACCGGCUUCCACGAGGGCUCAAGAUGCCAGGAACCCCAUAGCUUCACGCAGGCCAUCACCAACUGCCGGCGCGUGUUCGAGAUGGGCCGCGGGGUCAGGCAUGACAUGAGUCUCCUGGACAUCGGAGGGGGCUUCCCUGGAGAGGAGGGCUCUGACUCUAAGCUUGAGGAGAUGGUGGGAGUGGUCAACAAUGCCCUGGCCCAGGACUUUCCCUAGGGGACAGGCGUCGAGGUCAUCGCAGAGCCCGGCCGCUUCUACGCAGCAUCUGUCUGCAUGAUCGCUGUCAACAUCAUUGCCAGGAAGGCUGUGCUGGAGCCCGGAGGCUACUGGAAGCUGCUGUUCUAUCUCAACAACGGCCACUAUGGCACAUUCUGCAUUUCCAGGGAGACUGAAUCCAGGAUGCCCAUUGUGGUGAAGGACCUCGGCCCCAAGCUGCCCCUCUUCUCUUGCACCCUCUACAGCCCCACGUGCAAUGCCUUUGACAAGCUGUUCUUGAAGGAGGUGCAGCUGCCCUAGCGGGACGUGGGCGACUGGCUGGUCUUCCCCUCCACGGGUGCCUACACGUCCGCCAUGAGCUCCGCCUUCAGUGGCUUCCCUCUCCCCUCCAUCUGCUGCUCCCCUCUCCACAGGAGCCUGCUGGAGACCGCACUGUAG